AAAAGCUGAAGAAAACGUGUAGAAAAUAUGAAUAAUAUGAAUAAAAUAAUAUUACGCAAUUCAUUAAGUUUUCUUCGAAUUAAAAGAAAUAAAUAUUGUUCGAAGCCACAAGUACAAAUCAACAAUAGUAAACAGUCAAGUAAUGUAUUUGAUGAAAAUGAAAUUGAAAAAUUAAGAAAAAUGUCUUUAUUAAAAUUUUCUAAUAAUGAUGAAUGUAUUAAAGUUAGUGAACAAAUAAUCAAAGAAUGUGAAGGAUAUGAUAAAAUUAAUACUGAUGGUAUAGAACCUAUGGAAAUGGUUUUAGAAGAUAUAGCCAUUAAUUUACGAGAGGAUGUUGUAAAUGAUGGUUCCAUUCGGGAUCAAGUAUUAGGCAAUGCUGUUAAAUUGGAAGAGGAAUACUUUGUUGCACCACCAGGAAAUACGCCAGUUGAAUAAAAUUAGGUUGUAAUUAGUAAUGGAUUAAUAUGAUUUGAGUGUUGCUGUGAUUAGUUACCGUGUGUGUGAUGAAUUGGUAGGGAAAGCGACCUCUUACUUAAAUGAACAAUGAUUUUCUGGGGCUAAAAAUGGAUGCUAUCGAUUGGAUAAUGCUUAAGUACGAUUACAUAAUUAUACGAAUCCCUUUUUAGUCAUAAACAAUUACUUACAAAGGGUUGAACAAUAAAAGCUCAUGGUACGAAAUAUACUCGAUCGAUAAAUCAAAAUUAA